UAUAGUUUAGAAUAGUAACAGUUAGCUUUUACAUUUGCCAUUCAUUAUUUUCUUGCUAGGAGAUGCCAAAGAUCUGCAAUAUAAUUUUGUAAGGGAGAAGACAUGGAGAUACUCAUCAGACAGCAGUUGUCAGAUGCUGAGAGAUACCAAGAUAUCGACUCUUUGAAGGGUGCCUACAAGUUGAUCAAAUCAGCCAAUGAAGGAAAAUCAGCCCUUGAUUCCUCAGAACAUUUCUCUUCUGACUUGUACGUGUUGUGUGCAGAGCAGGCUCAUAAGAUGGGUUUUCCAGAAAUGAGCAAGGACUGUCUACAAAUGUAUUUUAAAGAAAAACCUCCUGUGAACCAGUUUUUGGGCAGAGCGUACUUGUGCCAGAGCCAAUUACAUACCCCUGUGUCUACUGAUAAUUUGGAAGAAUUUGAAAAAUUCAUCAUACACUUGCUGAAAGCAAUACACUUUGCAGAGGGUGAUACAAGAUACUAUUUUUUGAUAUAUAAUGCUUCUGUUAUCUAUUGGAGAAAUAUGAGGCCAUUUUUAAAACCUGGGUUCCGCCACUUUCUUAUCCCAAGCCUCAGACAAAUUGUGCUUGCACUGAAGCAUCCAGCUGAGGAAGAUAAAGACUGGACAGCAGAACUCAUGAUAGAAUUGCUUGAAUGCUUCAUGGAUGCUUCCAGGCUUGAAGAAGCUGUAGAUUUUUCAUCUACUGCAGCAGCAUUCAUUAAAGAAAAUGUUCCAGGGAAAUAUAAACAACUAUUUUCUCUAAUGGUAAGUCACAAACUGGUGGACAUUUCACAGAUAGAAGAUGAACUUGAAAGCUCUCCCAUCCUGAACAUUAUUUAUAAAAUCCAAACGAUCAAACUGCAGUUAAGUAAAAAUGAGAUUCCACAAGAAGCAACUACAGAUUUGAGAAACAUAUACGAAUUUUUGAAAGGAUCCAGAAGGAAAGUAAAUCAUAAUGAAAGAAUUUCUUUGUUGAUGGAACUAGGUCAGCUUUCUUUAAGGCUAAAUUGUAUUCCUAUUGCAUGUUCAUGUAUAAAUGACCUGAAGAAAUGCAAGAUUAGUGAUCAGGGAAAACAGAUUGAAUUAGACUGCUUGGAAUGUGACUGUGAAACUGACCUGUCUUGCUUAACAAACACCAUAUUAUACAAGUCACUGGAGCGUCUGGAAGACCAAGAGUUGAUGGUUGAGCAGGCUAAAAAAGGAACAACAAAAGACAGCGUGAGAAAAAAACGGUCUCUCUUGAUGAAUGCUGGCCGUGCACUAGCCCCUGAGGCAUUUCAGAUCGUCCUUGAUAGUGAAAAUGAAACUAAAGUUGCUUCAAGUAAAAGUAAGGGUCAGAUUAGUUAUCUCUGUGCAAAAGCAGAGCACCACAGCAGAAGUGUAGAGAAAGCGGAUGGGCAUUUGAAGAGAAUAGGACAUGAAAAUGAAAAAGAGAGAGUUAAACUUUGGUCAGAAAUAGCAAAAACAGCACGAAAACAAGGUGUAUGGGAUGUGUGUCGAGCUGCAUGUAGAUUCUGCCUCUUGUAUGAUGACUGUCAAACUACAAAGGCAUCAAAGCGCAGAAAAUUAUUCAAGAAGAAAAGUAUGGGAACAUUAGACGAGGAUCAAGAAGGAAAUGUACAAAGAGAAUCACCUUCUCCCACUAGAUUUUUCUCUUUGGAAAGAGAUUUACUGAGAACUUUAGCAGAAGUGAGAUUCAUUAACGCAGAGGCUACAAUUCAUUUACUAAGAACAGAAGGUGUUGAGCUCAAUGAUCAGCCUGUCCUCCCUGUGGAUACAAGCCCACACUCUUCAGGACACGCUUCACCAGAAACUGGACAUGCAGCAGAGUGGAAUAGUUAUAGCACCUGGAUAAACAACUUAUCUAAAUAUGCUAUGGAAAACUUUCUACGAGCUGCCAAAAUUGGAGAGGACUUAAAUGAAGCCUGGAUUGUACAUAAUACUGUAGUGUAUGUGCUAAACCACAAUAAACAUCUGAUUGCUUCAAAAAGGCAAAGAGAAAUCGUUGAACCUCUGGAAACUCUUUUCAGUGCUGUUAGGAAUACUGGGCAUUGUGGGAAUACUACUAUUUUUGUAACAUUAUGUAAUGCUUUGGCUCGAGCCCUAAUUCUUCCUUGGAUUCCAAAACCAAUUCCAAAAUCUGAUGAAAAGAAAGUUACAGAAGAAGGACCCACCAAACGUAAAAAGGCUUCUUCAAAAGCAUAUGAAAAAUCAGUUUCUGCACCAACUUCAUCUGUGGAUCCAGCUGGAAUCCAUGACAUUAAAUCAGCAAUAGAGGUGUGUGAAUUUGCCAUGCAUUUGCCUAAUGGAAGCGUACCUGAUGAACCGGUGCCUGUUGCUAUGCGUCAACAGGUUAUUGCUACAUGGGUGAAAGCCAAACAACUAGUGCAGCAUCAGAUUGGAAGAUUGUAUGGAUCUGAGGAUGAGGGUAGUGACGAAGGAUCCAGUCCCAUGGCCAAAGUAUUUAUUGGUUUGGAAAUGUACUCUUGUAACGGUUUGGGUCUGAUGGACUUUUCACUUCCCAGCUUGUCAAAUUUAGUGAAAAUGGCUUUAGAGUGCAACUGGACAGACUCACUAGUUCAACUUCAAACAAUAACCAGGCUUGCACAUUGCCACAACCAUUCACGACCAUGACUGGCAAUGACUUGCUCUCAGAAGGCUUUGGAAUUAGGUGAUAAAGUGCCAGAAAACAUUGAGGCAAAGAAAAAAGGAAUGAGUGACUAUGCAGCAAGACAAGAAAUGCUAAGUAUUGCUGCUUGUGUACAAGGGAAGAGUAUGAUGGAAAAUCUGGCUGGCAAAAAACAUUUGCGUACUGUAGCAUCAAAAUCCUUUGUGGAAAGUGCAAGGUAUGCAGGAGAAGCCGGUGAUGUUGAUCUUGCUCUGAUAGCAGCCAGACACUUCUGGAAUGCUUGCUUGCCUUUCAUUGGUUCCUCAGCAGACAGGCAACAGCUCAAAAUGCCCACUGAAGUAAUUCUUAAAAGUAUAAUUAAAGCAUCAGAAGCCAAAAAUAAGCAGGAAACAGAACACAUGCUACAUUUACAUCAAUGGUCUACAAUAGAUUUUCAAAGCAGCAGUUUGUCUGAUGGGCAUUUUUCCCCAGGUAGUGAUGAAGACUUGACUGUAAGGACUUUCUUAUAUGUAUUAUUGUUCCAAAUCUAUGCUGACAAAAAUGAUUGGGAAGGAGGCCUCAAAGUGUUAGAUGAAGCUGUUCAGAGUCUUCCUAGAACAAAGCACAGACUACCAAUUUUUAAACAUAUGGUAAUGGUAAAGGCAAGACUUGGGCGUAACUAUAUAAUGGAAAUACAGAAAUUCAGAGAUGAAAGUGAAGACUACUUGUCAGAUAUGUGGCAUCGUUUGGCAUCGGUGUCCCCAGAUGUUAUGGGACAGUUAACCUGUUACCAAAAUGCAAUUGAGGUUUUACAGAAAAAAGAAUUUGAAUUAAAGAAAGUUGAUAACAUGCUAGGGUUUGCCGAAUGGCUAUAUUGCAACCAAUUUCCUCUUAGUGAAGCUAUUAAACACCUGGACUGGGCAAUAACUAUAUUGUUGUAUCUCAAACCUAUCCGAAAAAGCCCUGAGGAUGAAGAUACAAGAGGCCAAAUUAUGAUCAGAGAUUUAAGAAACAUAAAGCAAUUAGAAGCUUUGGUUAGAGCUCAUACUAUAAUGGCAGUAAUUUCUGGACACAAUUCCCCUUCUCAUGAGCAGCACUGUUUGAUGGCAUAUGCUUUCGUGAUGCGCAUGUGGCAGAUAUCACUGACAACAGCAGGAUCUAUUUUAAAAGCAUCGGCCAAAGUUUCGCCAACUCCAACUGGUAGUCCAAAAUCAAAAGGAAAGAAAGAGGCAAAAAAGCCUGGUGCUGGUAAGGGUUCACCAACAUCCCCUCCUAAAAAAGAUAAAUCUUCAAAAGAGACCAAACAGACUUCACCAACGAGCCCUCCUAAAAAAGAUAAGACCUCGAAAUCCUCAAAUCCAGAGAAAUCUAGACGGAAAGGCCCAACUGAAGCCUUACCAGCAAGUGUGGAAGAAUGGGCUAGUUACGAAUGUCCCGAAGAAGUUAGAGAGGCCUUCAGACAGGGCUCAGAUGGCUGUGCUGUGAACAGGGAAACCAUUUUAGCACCUACACGCACUUUAUAUUACCUAGACCUUUUAGUUAAGGAGCUACAGACAAUUUUGUGUACUCACUUGACUCUUCCGGUUCUUCAUCUGGCUGAGAUCAUUGCUCGUGAUGUUGCAGAAAGCAGAAGUCUGUCAGAUCUCUACCAUCUUCGACUCUCCGCUAUAUGUUUAGAUUUAAAAUUGUGUCAAGCAUCAUCAUAUCAUGAGAAAGCUGUGGGUGGAGUAUACAUUAAUGAAAUGGAACAAGGAAGGUUCAGGCAAGAAAUUGCAUUUAAAAAAGAGAAUGCCCUAAAAGAGCAUCAAAAGGAAUCCAAAUUAUUUGGUUCUACAAAGCAAUGCGAUGGGGAUCAGAUUCAAAAAAGACUAACUGCAAAAGACAAGAUUUUGGAACUAAAUCCCAUUACUGAAAAAGAAUUAAGUGGGCUGUCUUUCCCCUACUUGUGGAUAGACAAAGCUGAAGUCUUACUUCGACUGAGUUUAUAUCAACCAGCAAGACUACUCCUUUCAGAAGCACACCAAGCAGCUCAGGAAAUGAAUGAUCUGUGUACUGUAUCACGGUGCCUCUAUCUUCUGGCUGUGCUAGCUAACUUGGAAAAAAACCAUGGACAAGCAAAAGCUCUGCUUGAAAAGGCACAAUUGAUUGGAGGAAAUGAGAGGUUUUGGCACAAUAGCACUUUGUGCCUCACAGAUGCAAUUGUAGGGGAAGUCAGGGAAGGAAAGGAAAAAAUGGCCUGCCAUUUUUUGCAAAAAAAUGUAAACAUUUUAAGACCAUUAUUGGUACAGAGACCUAACAGAGAAUCUGAGCUGGGUAUUAUAAUUGCACACCUUGAGGCCAGGAGAGCCUAUAUUCAGAUGGAGUUUGCUAAAGAUUUCAUCAGUGGUAGCCGGCAUGCAACUGAGUUAGAAACAAUGUGUCUGGAACCUUAUGAUAAAUUAAUUCGCAUAGAGAAGGACUUCCUUUCUUAUGGAUAUAAAGAUUAUAGUGCUGAAGCUUUGAUGGCUUGUGCAAAUAUUCACAGGAUGCUAGGUAAACAUACAACAUACACUGCAGACAAACAGCGUCAUUACCUAGAUGCAUACAGACUAGCUCAACAAGCAGUAGCACAAAUGGAAGAGCUUUUUCGACAUGUUAAUAAUAUGCUUCCAACUAAUGAGACAAGAAAUAUUAACACACCACUGAUGAGAAAACUUGCUAACAUGAAGUUGAUCUUCGUAGAAAUAAUUGUGGAUAUUUUUGUCCUUACCAAUAUUGAGAAAAAAAAGAAAGAGGCCAGAGCAGAACAAAUUGAGCAAAUCAUUGAGGACUUUGUCAGGUUUACUCCUGAUGCUGCUUCUGUUGAACAGGCAUGGAUAACACUUGGUCAUACAAUUGGUCAUAAUGCCCAGGCUCAGCUCACAAGCCUACAGAGUCUUUACAUAGGCUGUCCUGAUAUCAAAGCUAAAUACCUCUAUCUCACAGGGAGGAGUAUGCAUUUACUUGCUGAUCAGUCAAACCCUUUACCUUCAGAUAUUCUGUGGUGUGAAAGUGCUGUGGAGGAAGUUAAAACUAUAUGUGAAAAAUCUCCCUCUCCAGAAGCAGAAGCAAAAUGUGAUGAAGAGGAAACUCCAACUCCUCGGUUCCAACUUACUAAAAAACAGCUUGAGCAAUACCAGAAGAAAGCAGCUGAAUUAAAGAGGAGAAAGAUGCGGACCCAGAAAUACCUGUUUCAGUCAACAGAGGUUUUGUUGCAAUGCAUUAACGUUGCAAUUAAUAACAACAUGCUUGAUACUGUGGCUGCUGCUAGUUUGGAAAUGGUUGAAUGCUUUGGACGACUUGACCCAGUUUCAGCAAGCCAGUUUUUAGCCCUAUAUCAGAGUUGUUCAGCAUCAAUGAUGAUGAAAAAAAUCCUGCUGUCAGCAACACUGAAUACCCGCAGUUCACAACUGGCAGCGAUGCUGCAUCUGCAACAUGAUAUAGAGCAAAAAGGAGAUAAAACAAGCAGUCUUCUGAGAAAUGUGGAGCAGAGACUAGCAGCUAUCUCAAAGGCAUGGGGAAACUCUGCAUUUGCUGACAACAACUUUAAAUACAUGAAUGAAUUACCACCAAACUUCAUAGAGGAGGCUGCCAUUCUGCCAGCAUGCAGAAGACAGAUCUCUCCUGUGAUGGUGCCAUACUUGAGAAAGAGCCCAAGUCCAGCAGUCUCACCAGCUGACUCAGGAAAAGGAAAACGUGACUCAGGAAAAUCUAAAACAGGUGACUCAGGAAAAACCAGGAAAGGUAGUCCAGGAAAAACUAAAGCUGAUGAUUCAGGAAAAACCAAAGUAAAUGAGGCAGGGAAAACAAAAACUAAAAAUAAGGAGAAAAAUACUGCAGCUCAAGGUGGUCUAGAAGAUAUGGGAGAAUGCAUUAUACUUCUGGUGGACAAAUUUCUUAUGGAGUUACCUUUGGAAGGUCUAAACAUCUUUCAAGAAGAAUCAAUAAGUUCUGUGUCCAGAGAUUUUUCUCUCCAAAUUUUCUACAACCGCUUGCAUAAAGAUGAAUCAGAAACUGAAAUAAAAAAGGAUGGAAAGGGUGCAAAGGAAUCAAAACCCAAAGGUGACCAGAAGAGAGGUUUAAAAAUACCUGCCCUUAACCGUGUUCUACCACCCAACUGCAUUCCAAUAGAUAUACACAAUGUUAAAUAUGUUGUCGAUCCAUAUGAUGAAGCAAGAAAAAGAGAAUCAGAAAGUCCUGGCCAACAAUUUCAGACAAUCCUAGAGAAAUAUGAGCCAUUUACACAUCGUUGGGAUGGUUUUAUUGGUAGCUCACAUUUUCCAAGUCAGGCGGAGUGGGAACAUUUACUGAGCAACUGCAGUGCUUUUUUCUUCUCUGGAAUGGAAAGAUUCCUCUGUCAUAUACUGCUUGAAAGGCUAGCUGCAAUGAACUUCCCAGAAUGUAAACUGAUGGUACUUUUAGAACUUGCGCAUACAAAGCCAAGUGCUGUACGAGUGAGAGAUCUCGAUGAGGAUAGAAGUUCUCUACGCCUUUCUCUGGAACUGCCAACAGAGACAGCAAUCAUUCUAAGCCUUGCUGGAGUACAUUCCAUCAUAGCCAACCAAUGGCAUACUACCCUGGAAGAAAAUGCAAUAAACCUGAACAGCUUAUGUGAAAACUUGAUAAAAGUAGGCAAAACAACUGGACAUGCUGUUCGUAUCCUUCAGAAGAGUAAGGCUGCUGUGGAUGAAGUUCCUAAGGUGGACCCAGAUCUUAUGGAUUCUGCUGAAGACACCAAAGACCAGAAGGAAAGCCCUGGAGAGUUAAGCCAUCCUGCAAUUCAUCUAUCAGCCCUCAAUGCAGUUUUAUAUGGACUGCCCAACAUGAUGUUUAUGUGAUUUUGGGGGGGGGGGGGGGAAUCUUUAUGUAACAAGGAAAUUUAAUCGAGUGUGAAGUGAAAAUGUUUAUGCUUGAAUUUGUUAAAAAUAACUUUUCACAAAUGUUUUUCUUUUUAGUUUAAACACUGGCAUUCAGAUAAAUAUCAGGAGUUUUGUUAUUAAAUGUUUCUUU